UGAAGACUGCCGACAUGAAGGGAAAAACACUCAAAGCCGAGAGCUAUCAGUAUUCUUCGAAAAAUUUAAUUUGGUUUCUUAACCCAAUUUUUCCCAAAUUUCUAUUCCCACAAAAAUUAUCCUCAGAAAGUUUCAUACCCUUGUAAGUUUGCUUCCCCCCAAUUACCGGCCAUACGUAAAGACUGCUAUAUUUGCUGCUAAAGACUAACCUUAUAAAAAAGAAAAAAAGGAAUAAAAUUCUUUACUUUAUAGAUAAAGAAACUCCAGCUAUGGUAAUAAACAAAAUUGUUGGAGACGCUCGUUGAAUCCGCAAAAGCGACGAUAAACCAUGCCAGACUCAGCAAUACCUUAUGGGCAGAAUCAGUCAACAUCGCAGCCUACACAAAGAAUCGUGUUAUAGCCAGUGCAUCAGGUCAGACACCGUAGAAACAAAUCAAGCUAAAAUGAGAAAUGAUUUGCUUUUGUUCUCAACAAUCAUUCUAGGAAUUGGUUUCAUCUCGUCAACUCCGUGUCAUCGACGAAGUAAAAGGUGCACCAUGCCAGAAUGCGACAUCGUAGGGGCUCUUUCAAUGUGCGCAGAGGCAACUCCUCACUGUCCUGCUAACCAUGAUGACGUAUUUGACAAAGAAAAUAUCUGCCAUGCAAGGGGCCUAAAGUGUUGCCGCUCGAUAUGUGCUGGUCCUGGUACAAUGUGCUUACCAAAAGAGAAUCCAUGCAUCGAAGGAUAUGAGACUGUGCCUGGGAAAUGUCCCCACGCCGUGGAUGACAGGUAUCAGUGCUGCAAGCCCAAGGCAUCGGCAGCGACCUGAUUCCCAGUCAUUAUAAGCCAGAUGCUGACAUCAUAACGUCUGCUGUCAUCAUCAAUGCUCAUUUUGAGCGAUCAACAACAUCAGCUUGGAAAGUCGAAACACUUUUGCUCCAAAGAUUAGAGCUUGAUGUUUUUUAGUUCAGGGCUUUUUUCCGCUGCAAAUUUUUAUUUUAGCAUUCAGAUUUGAGCUGGUCGUGAAGAAGAUCUUCAGACUAGUAAAAGAUAAUAUUAAUUGACGUUGCUCGCUAAUUCAAAUAAAGAGUUGGAAAUAAUUUCAGGUAGCUUUGAAGUUUUUCUUUGCUUUUGAAUGUUGUUCAAUUUAUAAACGAUUUUAAUCUAUUUUGUACCACACAAUCUGGUAAGAUUUAUGUAGAUGACCUUACAAAUUGCUACGAGGUAAUCAUAGGAUAGAAAAUUUUGCAAAUAAAUAUUAGCCAAGUGUUUAUACAUGUUUCUAGCAAGAUUUUGCUUAAAAGCCUUGUUCAUUAUUGCAUCACUUCAAAUUUGAAUAAAAAUGUUGCUAUACCAGUCAGUUUUUUUCACCUGCCUUGUAUUAUAAGCCCACUUCUUUUCAAGGUUCUUUUAUUGAUUUUUAUCACUCCAAAAAUAAACAUGCUAAUAAUAAGCACGAUAACAAUACUAGAGAAUAAAAAAUAAAGAACUAUGAUAAAAAAUAGAAGAAUAAGUUAUUUUGGGAAGUUUUCAGUUUUCUAAUCAAUGAGUCAAACCUUCCAGAAGGUUUUAUUUCUCUAGGUAAAGAAUCCAAAUUGAUUUUUCUCCGUAGAAGAAGCAGUUAGGCCAAUUUUUGUUUUAAAUUUGAAUGUCUUAAAUUGGAAUCAGAGUUAGGUAUAGAUUUUUUUGCAAUGGAGAUUCUUUAAACUGUGCUUUUUAUGUAAAAGCUAUUCGUUAUAGAUAAGAUUCUACAAAAAAUAUGUCUAUCGAUCAGAUCAGAAAUGCUAGGUGGAUUGUUGUGAGCCAGGGCCCCCAGCCAGGCCAUAUUCGAUAUUUAUACUCAGAAGAGUGACGAAUAAAAGGUAUUCAGUUUGCUAUGUUUGCGCUAUUUCGUCGUGCCAUCUUCAAAUUUUUCAGUUUUAUUUGAAUUGCAAGAUACAUUAAGGUUAAACGAAUUUUAGAAACGUCAUAGGGGGUUCUUAAAUGAAUGCAUCGUUGAGAUAUAUCCUUCAAUAAGAGAUGAAACCCAUAAUGUUCCAACAGGUAUCUUCUAUCAAAGGUUCUUUCAUUGAAAAAGGUUACAAAAACGUCCUAUUCUACGGUCCUACUGUUGUCCUGUAACUACGUCGAAAUGUUGCCGACAUGUCAGUCAAGUCUUUCGCAAGUACUAUUCUCGGAAUCAUACUCAAUAAUUAUCUAAAUCCAAAUAGGUGUUCUAUAAAUCUAUACUUCAUGCCGACGAUCUAUACCUUUAAACGAUUAUCAUAUUAUCGUACUUUUCCAUAACUGAACUGAUACUAAAGUAAAACGCCGAAAAUAUAACAAAACUAAGAACUAAUUGCCAUACUACAUAGCUACAUAUUUACAUAAUAAUAGUAAAUGCAAAAAGAUAUUACUUCCAAGCAGAGUCCAGAAAAGUUGUUAACUUUCCUCCAGACAAAAACACCCCAAAGGGCAAAUCUUCCUCACAAAACAAUAGAAAAUGGGCAUGGCUUGGGUGUGAUCUAAUAACUGAUUACGUUUGUGAUCUAUGCAGCUGAAUACGUAAUAGCUAUGGAGAAGAGAGAAAGCACAUAUAGAGAAAGAAUAAGAAACAAAAGGGGAGAAGAACGCAGAAGGGGGUACAAUGCCUGCCAAAAGUCUUGGAACACUGACGUCAAUUUCUAGAGUCAACAUCACUCAUCCCCUUGUCCCUUGCCUGGGUCUGGUUCACAGGCUACCUCUCCCCUACAGAACAAUGUUGGUUUACUAUCAAACGGAUUAGGAUUUUAGGAAGCACUUUCUUUUGCGCUUCUCUUACGAUAUUACUCUAAAUUAUCAACAUUGUUUUAGGGAGAAGGGGAUGGGAGAAGUAAUUUUUUCGGGAAAGGAAUGAAAGAUAUCAAAUGCAAUGCAAAUUGCUGGGUGUUCCAAGCACUUUUGGCAGGCAUUGUAGUAAAUGCAAAUGGGUUUAGAUAGUAUAGUUACUUUUUAUAAGCAUUUGCUUGAAGCGUUUUUAAAUAAUCUUUUUUAAAGGAGCUUUUUUAAAUGUUUUGUGGUUUUAAUCGUUCCAUAAUUUUACACCAGAGGUUGUUAUAAAUGUUCGUACCAAGCUGGUUCUAAUUUAUGGUUCUAAUUUAUGGAGCGAAGAAGUUCCCUAAGACCGGAUACACUGUGCCGAAGACGUUUACACUGUGCCGGAUAAAUUUUAUCCACAUAAAACUUGUUCGGAUUGAUUUGCGUUUACACUGUGCCGCACAAAUUUUGUCCACUUUGCUCUCCCGUUUACACUGUGCCGGAUAACUGCAGUCACGUGAUUUAAGUCGCGCACAGAACGUCCAAAACAAAGUCAUCUCUGGGCAACAAAAUAACAACUAAAUUCCCGCCAACGUAAAAAGACUUUUAAUUCUCUCUUCAGAAUCAUCUGCUUCUCUUUCAGACAUAGUCCGAAGAUGUUGUCAAACACAUUGGUCAAAGUUAGUUUUAAUAAUUCAUUCUCUGAAACAAAAUGAGGCUGAAAUAGCGAAGAAAGUGGGAAAAGCUGACAAGGAUGCCAGUUUUACAUGGACUGAUGAAGAUAUUGCACUUUUAACAAGAGUAUUUAGCGACUACAAGGCAGCCAAGAUGGCGAAAGGUCUUGAUUGGGAGACAGUGAAAACUAAAUAGGAAGAAAUAGCCAAUCGCUUUCGAGCAAGAUACGAUGUGGGUAAAAUUUAUCCGGAUAAAACCGUUAACACUGUACCACAUAUCUAUCCGAACUAAUUUAAUUCACUUUACUAGGUGAACUAAUCUUGUUCCGAUAUCCGCUCUCAAAUUCGUGCGGAUAUACUUGCUGAAAAACGCGCUGCGUGCGCAUAGCUGCCGAAAAUGCUAACCAUAUUUGGUCAGCGUCAUGACGCGCCGCGUCCAGUGUGAAUUCAACGUAAUAGAUAUACAAAACAGCCAUAACGCAUUCUCACUGGGCGAGUUGCUGUGAAUUUUGUUUGGUGUCAACGUCCAAGUCAAUUUCCAUGAUAUCAGGAUUCGGCAUUUUUUGUCGUGUCGGACGCUAAAAUGACAGAGGAAGACACUUCUUUUGACUUUUGUCUCGGUUUAAUAGCCUUAAAAUUUGGUUUGUUGGUGUUUUCUGUAAGCAAUUAGAUUCAAUUGUACGAUUAAAAUGAAGCUAAAGGCCCUAGGGCCUUGGCCUUCAGGAGCCUAGCUAGAGGCCUUUCGGGAAUGAGCCCAGGAUUUUCCAGCAACAGUAUACAGCCCUUUCUUUUAAUGAAAAGAU